UUUUCUUGAAUAUCUAGCUCAUGGAUAAUCGGCAAAGCUGCUGCAAGCGUGUAUUGUAAGUUGAUCUACUUAACUUGCGUUUGUUUUCAAUAAUAACAACACUAGUUAUGGCUUCAGAUAGAGAUAUAAAGAUAAUAGUGUGUGGAGACGUAAAGGGUCAAUUCAAGAGCCUGUUUAAUCGCGUCACUUCGAUAAACAAGAAAAAUGGACCAUUUGAAAUGCUUCUCUGUGUUGGUGAGUUUUUCGCGGCGUCUGAAUCGGCGAAAACCGAGUGGGAAGAUUGUGUUAGGGGUAACAUUAAUGUUCCUCUAUCUACAUUUAUUCUUGGCGCAAACGAGACUGAAUACGGUCGAUAUUAUUCAAGUGGAAAAGAAGGCGAACUGUGUCGUAAUAUUACAUACUUGGGGAAAAAAGGCCUGUUUUCGGCAGGCUCUGGACUGAAAAUUGCCUAUCUAAGUGGACAAGAGCAACAUAAUGAAAUUGGUAGUACUGGCGGUGGUAGUGCUGGUACUGGUGGUGACAGCCAAGGACUUGGAUUUGCAGCAAAGGACGUAACCAACCUUCUUGAUACAAUAACACAGUCAACAGUGUCCAAUGGAGUUGAUAUCUUGCUUACAUCACAGUGGCCAAGUGGUGUUUCAAACUACACCAAGUCACCUGUUGGUCUUGAGGAGAGCAACAAGUUAGAUUCACGUGCCAUUGCGCAGCUCGCAUUAGCUCUGAAGCCUAGGUACCACUUUGCUGGAUCAAAGGGUAUAUAUUUUGAACGGCACCCAUACCGCAAUCACAAAAUAUUAGCAGAGACCGCACAGCAUGUCACACGAUUCAUAGGUCUUGCAGACUAUGGCAAUUCCUCCAAGUACAAGGCGAUGUAUGCUUUCACUGUAACACCUAUGGUGCAUAUAUGUGCUGCAGACCUCUAUAAGCAGCCAGAAGAUGUAACAGAAUGCCCAUAUCAUCUUGACAACAACAUCCUAGAAGCUGGUGGGAAAACGAAAAAGUCUGGGGAGGCAGUUCAGUUCUUUUACGAUACGAGUGAGCGUGGGGGUGAUGCCAGACAUAGGAAGAAAAGACCGGUUGAAGGUGAGGCAGGCUGGGUAGCAAAGAAGCGUCCACAAGCAACAGGACCUUGUUGGUUUUGUCUAGGGGGCAAGGAGGUUGAGAAUCACUUGGUUGUUAGUGUGGGAGAAACGACCUAUCUCGCACUUGCCAAGGGAGGCCUAGUUAGCGAUCACGUCAUGAUAUUGCCGAUUGAACAUCACCAGUCUAUCACUCAGUGCCCCGAGGAGGUGCUGGAGGAGAUUAACAAAUACAAGCUAUCUUUAGUGAAGUACUUCAAAGCCAAAGAUCAGGGUGUGCUGUUCUUUGAACGUAACUACAAGACACAGCAUCUGCAAAUACAGGCAGUCCCUUACCCAAUGAGCAAACACAGCAGUGUCAAAGAUGCCAUCACUAACUAUGCAGAUAGCAAGGAUAUCCAAUUGGACGAGUUGCCAAAGUACACCAGCUUAAAGCAAGUCGUGCAGCCCGGCGCCCCCUAUUUCUACCUCGAACUCGAUACUGAAGACAAGUUCUUGCAUCGUAUAAGAAAGGCCUUCCCACUGCAGUUCGGAAGGGAGGUUGCUGCAAGUCCGUCUCUGCUGAAUAUGGAGGAGAGAGCCGAUUGGAAGGCAUGUGCGCAGAGUAAGCAGAAAGAGACGGAUUUAUCCUUGCUGUUCAAGAAAGCAUUCCAGCCAUUUGACUUUAACUACUCGUGAACAGCGCCGAUUCCAAUUGAGUCGUUUUAUUCUUUUUUGCCAAGUUGCUAUGGCGAUGAUAAAAUCUAUGUAAACUCAGCAACAACUCGGCUGUGUGAAAUAAACGUCAGCAAUAAUGUAGAGUGGCUACACGUCUGGCUUUUUCUAAAUCCAGCAUGUAUGCAUGUUAUUGUGCAGUAUAUUAAAUUUUGUUAAGAAAGAGAUAGGGAUACUCUAGUUGAGAUAUCUGUUGUAUAUAAGGCUCUAUGAAUUUAGCAAUAGCCAGACACAUAGCCAGGGUCAUAUACUACAUUUUUUAUGACAGUUGUGUACCAUCCUUUUAUAUUUGUACCCGAUACCCAUGCAUGGAAGGUAGAAAAUAGUCCAACUCCACAAUGUGACAUGCAAGUAGCUUUCUUACAAAAUGCAAUUUUAUCUGUGUAUGAAAUAUUUGUUUUAGUGUAAUGUCUGUAAACAGAUUUUAUAGUGCAAAUUUGCAUACCACAAUAACUUGGUUAUAAUUUCUUAGCAAAUACAAUUUCUGGUUUAAGUACUAAA